AUGCAUCCAGAAAAGCAGGUCGAUACUUGGGAUGACAGCUGGAGCAUUCAAGACUGGAGCAACCGUGGGAAAGGCGUCAGUCUCUCAGGCGAUGCAACUGUCCUAACGAUCAACUCUCCCAUCAACAUCUGCAUUGAAAAGAAUGACGACAAAGACGCGGCCUCGGAUACGUUCCUCACUAUGCGAACCAUGCGGCUGCCCGGUUUCCAGAGCGCUGCAGAGUUCGACUCUGUGUCGACAUAUCACUACGUCUCAGUACGGAUGCUCGCUCGUGUCACCGGCAGCGCGGGUGCAUGCAUGGCUGUCUUAACGUACCUUGGGGGUGAAGAGCUAGCAGAUGUACAAGAAGCUGAUAUCGAGAUCAUGACCCGCGAUCCCAAGAACCGGGUUCAGUACACAAAUCAGCCUUCAUUCACGGAGGAUGGCGAUGAUAUCCUCAAAGCUACUCGUAACGGCACCCUGCCCUAG